AUGGUAUCCAAAUUGGACGUGUCUGGCCCGGGCCUUAUGCUGGUGUUUUGUCAGGUUACCAGACCUGAUUUAGUGAGCGAAGGUCUCUUUGCCGCAUGGUAUGAAGAAGAGCACAUCCCCGAGGCCACUUCGACCAGCGGCAUGCCCGCCGGGUUCCGAUAUUACUGCCUCGGUCCUCCCAAUGGCAGGCCAUGGCUAGCUCUCUAUCCUUGUCCGGAACUGGACUUUGUGAAUAGCGAAGAAUACAAAUCCAUCCGGGUCACCAGUGACAUGCUCCCGACUGAGACAUCUUUCGACGUGGCCGACUUUGAUGUGAGGUACUAUUCGAGGUGGCAGAUACAUGAACCUCCCAACACGAAGGAGGGACGAUCACCUUUCGUUAUCGUCUACGCAGUUGACCCACCCGAGGGGGCAGACGAAGAGUUCGACAACUGGUACAAGACUGAACAUUUGGAGGAGUUGGCCAAAUGCAGUGGUUACCGUCGGACAACGCGGUACAAAUGUGUAUAUGCAAGGCACAACAGAGACGAUCGACUAGGAAAGCCUUCUCCUCAUCGUCCUCGAUGGCUUGCUCUGGACGAAUUCGACACUAAGCCCAUCCAGGAAGAACUUGAUACCGCCAGGGGCACUGCCAAAGCAAAGGCAAUCCUCGCCAAAUCAAAGGUCGAGGUCGGGUUGUACAAGCUUCAGAAAUCCUAUGGCAAAGCCAACAUGCCGUUCUAG